AUGGAGCAACAGCUACAAGCUUGGUUUCGCUACGCUGCAAUUCUAGGCAUUCAAACGGGAAAUGCGCACAAGCCGCGAAACCAACAUGUAACCGGACUCUGUAGAGCGCACACGAAGCGAAGAAGCGCAUUUUCUGAGAAAAUAAAUGUGCUCAUCUCUUGUCUACAGCGCUGCUACAACUAUGCUUUGCUGCUUUGGGUGUUUGCAGUCUAUAUAAACGGCUUGUAUUGGCGUCGACGCAUACCCAACACCAUGCUCACCUGGCUGGUGGCGACCAUACUCUUCACCGCACAAGCCAUCACAAACGUGCUCAUCAUCGCUGAGACACUGUGGAAGCAGCAAGAACACGAGGCCUUUCUGCUGCUGCUCCAGCGCAUUGCAUUCGCCUUUAAGCUGCGCCUGCGACAGCCUAUCGAACAGCAGCAAUUUCUGUUGAGUUUGCGGCACCAUUUGUGCUUUUCGAUGGCAGUGUGGUUGCUGGGUCUCUUGCUCUUUCUAUUGACCUCAUUCUGGCUGCAAUACAUCGGCUACUUCUGGUAUGGCUUGUGGUUCAUAAUCACCAUGCGUGUACGCGUGAUACAACUGCUGAUUUACUUGCGCUUGCUGCAGCAUUACAUGCGUUGUCUCUGCAAGCAAUUGAGUCAAGUUGUAGCAUACCACACGGCGCCAGAUAGUCAAAUGCUGGAUUAUAAUUAUGCAAAGCUGUUAACGCUCGAAUAUUUGCUGGCUGUCAAGGAAGUUUAUGCGCUGCUCUGUGAAGCGUUUCAUUUACUAAACGAUUUCGCCGGCUGGUCGCUGUGUAGCAAUAUAUCAUGCUGUAUGCUCGACAUCACUUGCAAUAUAUAUUGGUCGCAAUUGAUAUUAGACGGCAGUGCUAAACGCCGUUAUUACUAUAUAGCGAGCAUAUGGUGGAUUAUUUCCAUGAUUGCUAUGGUCUGGCAUAUCUGUCGGUUAAGUGAUAACUGCAAACAGUUGAUGAGUAACUAG